AACCAAUCCUUCUUACUCUCCUUAUUCAUUCAUCACCAGAGAAAGAACCAUUCCAACCAACUCACAGCUCAAAGUCUCUCUCUCUCUCUCUCUCUCUAACCGGCCAUGAAACGACCGAUUGAAGCGGACGAAGGUUCGGAGAAGAGGUCCAAGAAGAUCAAGACAGAAGCAGAGACGACGUUGGCGGAGGUAUCGGAGGGGCGCCCAGCGGAGGAGAUGACGGAGGCGACGUCGUUCGUGCUAACGGACGAGAACUUGCUCCACGAGGUUUUAAAGCGCGCGGACGCGCGGUCGCUGGCCACGGCGUCGUGUGUGAACAGGCAGUGGCACAAGACGGCCAAGGACGAGCGGCUGUGGGAGCUGAUCUGCACGAGGCACUGGGCUAACGCCGGCUGCGGCGGCCAACAGCUCCGUUCGGUGGUCCUCGCUCUGGGUGGAUUCCGCCGCCUCCAUUCUCUGUACCUCUGGCAACUCUCCAAACCCUCUACUUCGAAUUCAAAUUCGGCUUGGCCUUGUCUUCCGGCAGCGGAGGUGCCGGCGAAAGCUGGCGGCGGCGGCGGGAAGACUCGGUGGGGGAAGGAUGAGGUUCAUCUGUCGUUGUCGCUUCUGUCCAUUCGGUACUACGAGAAGAUGAAUUUUAGUAAUCGGGGCAAAUGACUUUCAUCAUACUAUCGGACUAAUAAAAUGUACUAAAUUCCAAUAAUACUAUGGAUGUGCCUACUGGCCACUUUCCGAUCACUCCUCAUCUAUAUGGAGUUGACACAUAUGUGAUAGAUGAGUGGUCGGUAGGGAGGUACGUAGCAUUAUUGAAAUUUAGCUUAAAUUGGUCUUAUUGGAGAUGUAUUUUGAUUUGAUCUGUGUCCUCCUAACUAAAUGGAUUACUAGUAAUACUUUAGCGUUCUGAGUUUCCCCUAGUGCUGUAAAAUGCAUAAAUAAGAAUCUCUUAUUUGGUUA